UUUUGGGUUGUUCCAAAACAAUCACAUAGCGGGCGGAGCUCUGAACAGAUUGACAGUUCAACUAUUCUGGUCGAAAUGUGUUUUCAUAUCUUUAAAAAAUAUUUUUAAAACACAAGUCGUAAAUAUUAAGUCUGUAUAAAUGUAUAACAGUGUGUUAUUUGACUUAUAACUUACGCCAUGGAGAGAUUUUACACAUGCAGUUGCUUUUUCACAGACAAUAUUUUUCUUGAAGAAUACAAACUUCAUGUUCGUUUCGUCUCAGAGAACCAGUUUAGGAAGGAUUAUCAGAAUAUCCUCAGAUCCCUGGGCUGUGAGUCUGAAUCCCAAUUCAGAGACGUGAUCGGAAAGAUUCAGGCAGAAAUCGAAAGACGCCAAAAUCAUAAAUUGAAAUCCGCAGAGAGAGCAGCUGUCAUCAAGGAGAUUUAUACACCUCUACACCAACAUGUUUAUCAUCUUCAGGAAUCAUUCCUGGCCCCAGAGCUUUUAGAAAUGGUCAAAUAUUGUGCUUCAAGGGAAGCAAAUGUGGAAGGACUGUUGAAACUCAUCCAGACAGAGGCAGCUCCGAGAGUGUUUCGGUUCCCGGUGUUCCGAAAGGAAUUCUGCAGGGACCUUCUAGAAGAGCUGGAGCAUUUUGAACAGUCGGAUGCACCCAAGGGCAGGCCGAACACCAUGAACAAUUAUGGGAUUGUUCUGAAUGAGCUGGGCUUUGAUGAGGGCUUCAUCACUCCACUGAGGGAGGUGUAUCUGCGUCCACUCACUGCUCUGCUCUACAGUGACUGUGGAGGAAACUGUCUGGACAGUCACAAGGCUUUCGUAGUCAAGUACGAUAUGCAUGAAGACUUGGACCUGAGCUAUCAUUACGACAAUUCUGAAGUCACUCUCAAUGUAUCACUGGGUAAAGACUUCACCGAGGGGAAUCUGUUCUUCGGAGACAUGAGACAGGUGCCUCUGAGCGAGACUGAGUGUGUGGAGGUGGAGCAUCACGUCACUGAAGGUCUGCUUCACAGAGGUCAGCACAUGCAUGGAGCUUUAUCCAUCUCCUCAGGUACUCGCUGGAACCUGAUCAUAUGGAUGCGAGCUUCACGCCAGAGGAAUAAACUAUGCCCAAUGUGUGGUAAGAGACCCACUCUAGUGGAGAGUGACGGAUUCAGUGACGGCUUCACCAUGGACCCUGAUGGUGAUGCAAAAGCCAAUGUGUCGUGUUCUUUAACGUGACACCAUUUUUUAUAAGUUUUGGGGUCACAAUCAAGAUGCAUUUUCAUUUGGUAGAGUGUGCCUUUUUCAAAAUUAGUGCCAAUGGUGUAGAUAUAUUUCUUUAAUGUUCUUGAAUAAGAAUAAAUUAAAUAAUUUAAGAAUUAAAUAUUCGGAUCAUUGUAAAUGUAGAGAAAUGUAUUGAUCAAUGCUAUUUAUGUUAGUCAAUGUCUUCAGAUGAAAUAAUAUAUACAUGAAAUUUGAGAUGUACAAUAAAACAUGAUUAACAAAAAAAAUCUCUCUUAGGUAUAUGGUUCUAUGUACAAAACAUCAGUUCAGGAAUUAUUUUUAAUAUGCCUCCUCAUUUGCUCAUUUACCAGUAUUCAAGUUUGAGGUUAAAUCUCAUGUCAGCCAGCAUCCAUCAUUUGCAGCCUGCCCAUGUACACAUAUUCAUGCAUAGAAUAUAAAAAUACAGAAACACAUCCUGCUUUCACUGAGCACAACUCACACAAACAUUCAAGUAAAUAAAAAUGAAUAGCCAAAAUUUCCAAAAAUCUCAU